AUGCAUAAAGAAAUAAAUAAUAAUUUCAUUUUCGAUGCGGGACAUAAUUAUUUCGCCCACUUUAGGGAAAGGCCCUUGAAGUUUGCGACGUCAAGUCCCACUAUGACCUCGGAACGCUAUAACUCCUCACGACAAAAUAUCCCUCGUCAACGACAACCACGACGACCAUCCACCGACGACAACAACGCCACUGUCAAGAUGGUCAACCUCACCACCCAAAAGCGCCUGGCGGCCUCAGUCGUCGGCUGCGGAAAGCGCAAGAUUUGGCUCGAUCCCAAUGAGACCAGCGAGAUAUCGAACGCCAACUCCCGCCAAACCAUCCGCAAGCUCGUUGCAGAUGGCCUUAUCAUCAAGAAACCCGUCACCAUGCACUCCCGUUCCCGCGCGCGCGAUCUCACAGCUGCCCGAAGAAUCGGUAGACACCGUGGUUUCGGAAAAAGAAAGGGUACCGCGGACGCCCGCAUGCCUAGCCAAGUUGUCUGGAUGCGCCGUCUCCGAGUCCUCCGUCGUCUUCUCGUCAAGUACCGUGCCAGCGGCAAGAUCGACAAGCACCUCUACCACGAGCUCUACCACUUGAGCAAGGGUAACACCUUCAAGCACAAGCGAGCAUUGGUUGAGCACAUCCACCGUGCCAAAGCUGAGAAGGCCCGCGAGAGAGUCCUGAAGGAGGAGAUGGACGCCAAGCGUGCGAAGACCAAGGCUGCCCGUGAGCGUAAGAUGGAGAGAGCUGAGGCCAAGCACCGUGCACAAUUCGGCGACGAAGAGGAGACCGAGAAGAAAUAA